GACUCAUGCUAUUCCAGCACCUUCUCGCCCGAAGGCCGUCUCUUCCAAGUAGAAUACUCGCUCGAGGCCAUCAAGCUCGGCUCCACUGCCAUCGGUGUAUGUCCUACCGCUACACACACGAUCGCAUCUUCGGUUUCUGACCCACACACAGNNGUCGCAACCUCUGAGGGCGUCAUCCUUGGUGUCGAGAAGCGCGUCACUUCAACACUGCUCGAAACCAGCUCCGUCGAGAAGAUUGUCGAGAUUGACAGACACAUUGGUGCCGCCAUGUCAGGCCUGCAGGCCGAUGCUCGCAGCAUGAUCGAGCACGCCAGAAUCACUUCGCAAAGUCACGCCUUCAACUACGCCGAACCUCUAUCCGUCGAGAGCUGCACCCAGGCCAUCUGCGACUUGGCCUUGAGAUUCGGUGAGGGUGCCGAAGGCGAGGAGAGCAUUAUGAGCAGACCCUUCGGUGUUGCUCUGCUCAUCGCCGGUNACCACGCCGAGCCCUCGGGUACUUUCUACCGCUACGACGCAAAGGCCAUUGGUUCAGGUUCAGAGGGAGCACAGGCCGAGCUACAAAACGAGUUCCACAAGUCGUUGACACUGGCAGAGGCCGAGGUGCUGGUGCUCAAGACGUUGAAGCAGGUCAUGGAGGAGAAGCUGGACUCAAAGAACGUACAGCUGGCCAGUGUCACCAAGGACAAGGGCUUCAGGAUAUACGGUGACGACGAGAUGGCAUCGGUUGUGUCCAGACUCGAGGCCAAC